UCCGGCACAGAGCGGCUCUGUUGAGAGUUGUUUGCUUUGCCUGGCUCUCCCUCCAUGUCCCCACACACCUCCUCUUUCCCUCCCCACUCUCUCUCCUUUUCCCACUCUCCCUCUCUCUCUCCCCAGCUGGUCCAUAUGCUCAGAAUCUCAGGCUAAUCUCAUCCAGUGCCGGCCAGUCUGCUCACCGUAUAUCACUCCUAUUUUGUGGGCUUGCGUUCAUGAGAAGUGACAGUGUGGGAGUUUCAGAGGGUCUGUGACACCCAAAAGGUGCAGGAGACAAGAUGAAGAGCAUGCAGCGUAACCCCGUCUCCUCUUCUUGUCAUUGCAGUGGAGUGGCCAGAUCGGACAGCAAGAUCAGCGCCAAGGCCCUCUACGAACAGAGGAAAAAAUACUCCAACUCCAAUUAUAUCAUGCAUGAGACGUCGCAAUACCAUGUCGAGCAUCUCUCCACGUUCAUUAUGGACAAGACAGAGUCCAUUGCCACAGUGGACGAUGCUAUCAAGAAACUGGUCCUUCUGGACUCAAAAGACAAAAUCUGGACCCAGGAGAUGCUCCUGCAGGUCACUGACAAGGCAGUCAGGCUGCUGGACUGUGACACACAGGAAGAGUUGGAGAACUUCCCUCUCCCCACCAUCCACAUGAGUCAGACGGUCCUCAAUCAGACACGUUACCCCUCUGUGCUGCUGCUGGUGUGUCAAGACAAGGAGCAGCACAGGCCCGACAUCCACUUCUUCCACUGUGACGAGGUGGAGGCUGAGAUGGUUCAUGCAGAUAUAGACAGUGCCAUUGGAGACAACAAGCAUGGAAAGAAAAUGAGGCUUCAGACUCUGAAGGUGAACCAGGAGAAAAUGAAGCGUCACAGAGAAACCAUCCUUCCCCCCUCAGCUCCGAAGGGACCCUCACCUGCUGCGAGGGGACGAGUGGCAGCCACGAACACACAGGAUCGACGAGCCUCUCCACAAAAUGACACAGAGUCGCAUGAAAAGCUGGCCCAGCGCAUUGAGAAGGAUGUGCAAAUCCUCAACUGUGCCCUGGAUGACAUCGAGAUCUUUGUGGCGCGGCUGCAAAAGGCAGCAGAGGCCUUUUCUCAGCUCAACCAGCGCAACAAGAGUAAGAAGAAUAAGAAGAAAGGACCAGCAGAGGGCAUGCUGACCCUGCGAGCCAAGCCCCCCACUGAAGCAGAGUUCAUUGAUAGCCUGCAGAAACUGAAGCUGGCCCUCAACCUCUUGGCCAAACUGAAGAAACACAUACAGAACCCGAGUGCGUCGGAGCUGAUUCAUUUCCUCUUCGGUCCUCUGGAGCUGGUGCUGCAAAGCUGUGGGAGUCCUGAACUGGUGCGUUCAGUAAUCUCCCCUCACCUUUCUAAAGACACUGUUGACUUUCUGCGGGGACACCUCACCCCCAAAGAGAUGACCAUCUUUGAGCUGCUUGGGGAAGGAUGGACCAAACCCAGAGCUGAGUGGCCCAGGGAUCAGUGCGCUCCCCCUUAUUACCCAAAGUUUCGUAACGGCUGGGAACCACCGGCGGAGCUCUUCAGGACGGCCCCAUGGGAAACAGAGGGACCCAUGGGGCCACUGGGGUCUCCCACCAGCCCUGAUUACAGAAAACAUUCAGCUGAGGACUAUUAUGGAACUCACUCCUCAAACUCAUCGAAUGGGUCUUACAAUGGGAUGCACGUCACCCGAAAAUAUGCCAAAAUCCGCUACCACUUUGUGGCACGGAAUGCCAACGAGUUGUCAGUGCUGCAGGAUGAAAUCCUCGAGGUGAUAGAGGAUGACAAACAGUGGUGGAAACUACGGAAUCGCAGCGGUCAGGCAGGCUACGUCCCAUUUAACAUCCUGGACGUUGUGAAGAUAGAGGAGCCAGAAAACAUCUACGGCCAGCAAGGCUACAGGACGUCACCUCCUGGUACUCUGAGCCAUGGAGACAGCUUCAACAAGGGAAGACCCAAAGACAAAAUGAUGGAUGAGGUCAACAACGAGUUAUUGAUUAAGAUUACUGCAAACAAGAGCCAGCCGCCCACCAGGAAGUUCCGCGUGGAGCGAUCAUCCGCCAGCCAUGUACCGCUCGCCUUUGACUCAAGCCCAGAGCAGGUGACCGCGUGGCUCAGCUCCAAAGGUUUCUCUAAACCGACUGUUGAAUGUUUGGGGAUCCUGACUGGAGCUCAGCUGUUUUCCCUAAAUAAAGAAGAACUGAAGGCGGUGUGCGGAGACGAAGGCGGUCGCGUCUAUUGUCAGGUCACGGUGCAGAAAGAACAGCUGGAGACUGGCGGAGACUCAGAGCUGCAAGAGAUCAUGAAGCGGCGGCAGGAGAGGAUCGACUCUGGCAGCAAAGACUGAACCUGCCGACCAGCACAACCCACCCAUACGCUUUCACUCUCUCCCCUGCAGCCGCUCCUUUGAUCAAUCUACGACCUGCAAUAGCACAUACUGAAAUGUUGUAUACAUUUGUCACUGUAUAUUUAUUUUGUAUAACCUAACGUGUAUGUAUUCCAGUGUUUUCUUAUCUAAUUAUGUUGCUCUUGUUUUCAUUCAAUUUUGUUUUCAUAUGAAAAGAGGAACAUAUGAAUCUAUGUACAGUUGUAUGUGUGUGUGUGUGUGUGUGUGUGUGUGUGUGUACGAGAGAGCACAACAUGCAUUUAAUGUACGUAUUGGUACGAGCAGUGUGGAUAGUGUUUAACGCUCAUUGUGAAUAUAGCAGCUGUUUACUGAAUGACUUAAGUAGCUAUCACAUAUCUAAAUCUGUGCCACAAUGUCUGACACAUUUUCUGAUAUAUAGCCAAUUAUUUUCAUAUUACUGUUUACAGGUAUAAUCAAUAAUAAAGCACGCUCUGUGUAUGUCAGACAUAGUUUCAUCCUGGUCUCUAACUGCACACGAGCAGCAGGUGUUAACAUUAAUAAUGUGGCAAGAGAAACUGUCAAUAAUCCUGCAUGAAGUUUUUGUCAGUGAGAUGCUGUCAUUCAUGUGUUUUUAUGCAGCGUGAUAUUUUACAUUGUGAACUGCACAUACACACACAAAUGUUAAGGAAUAUAUGAGAGUAUGUUCUGAUAUGAAUAAUUAAAUUUAGACAAAGCAUUCAAGAGGGUUGUAAAUAUUAUGGGAAACUGUUUUAAAAGAAUAUAAUCAAAAAAUAAAAACUUGGUAAAUAUUUGAUACCACGUCUUUUUUUUGUACAUCAUUCUUGUGUUUGUGACUGGAUUAAUGAUACCAGACAGCCAGUGCAGUUACUUAAUUUUAUAGUUAAAGAUCAGAAUAAGAGUCAUAAAUAAAGUUGGAAGUUAAAUCAGCAUUUAAGGGACAGUGUGUAAGAUUUAGGGGGAUUUGGAGGCAUCUAACAGUGGGGAUUGCAGAUUGCA